AUGGGUGCUGCGCCCUUGGCGAGGAGAGCAGUUGCGACGUCGAGCGGCAUAGGCCAGAAUCCGCACUUCCCCGGUCCGGGGACCGACGACGGAGCCGGCCCGCCGGCCAUGCCAUCCCACACCAGGCGGGACGGCCUCAAGGGCGCCAGGCCCUUCUCAGACUUCCUGACCGACACCUUUAGCCGGCAGCACGACUACCUGCGCAUCUCGCUGACGGAGCGGUGCAACCUGCGCUGCGUCUACUGCAUGCCCGAGGAGGGCGUGCCCCUCUCGCCGGACCGCGAGCUGCUCACCACACCCGAGGUGCUGCUGCUGUCAUCCGUCUUCGUGUCGCAGGGCGUGACCAAGAUCCGGCUCACAGGUGGCGAGCCCACGGUGCGGCGCGACAUCGUGCCGCUGAUGCGGCAGAUGGGCGACCUGCGCCGCCACGGCCUGCACGAGCUGUGCCUGACCACCAACGGCAUCGCGCUGCACCGCAAGCUCGAGGCCAUGGUCGAGGCCGGCCUGACGGGCGUCAACCUCAGCCUCGACACGCUCGACCCGUGGCAGUACCAGGUCAUGACGCGGCGUAACGGUUUCGAAGCCGUGCGCCGGAGCAUCGACCGCAUCCUCGAGCUUAACCGCGCCGGCGCCGGCAUCCGCCUCAAGAUCAACUGCGUCGUCAUGCGCGGGCUCAACGACGCCGAGAUCGUCGACUUUGUCGACCUGACGCGCGACGCCGACCUCGAGGUGCGCUUCAUCGAGUACAUGCCCUUUGACGGCAACCGCUGGAGCGAGCGCAAGAUGCUCGGCUACCGCGAGAUGCUCGACCGCAUCCGCGAGGCCCACCCGGGACUGCACCGCGUCGCCGGCCACAAGAAUGACACGUCAAAGACGUUCCAGGUGCCCGGCUUCCGCGGCCGCGUCGGCUUCAUCACGAGCAUGACGCAGAACUUUUGCGGCUCUUGCAACCGCCUGCGCAUCACCAGCGACGGGAACCUCAAGGUCUGCCUGUUCGGCGAGGCCGAGGUGUCGCUGCGGGACAUGCUGAGGAAGACCAACGCCGGGGAGCCCAUUGACGAGGCCGCCCUGGAGAGGAUGCAGCUGGCUGCCGCGACCCAGAUCCAGGAGGCACAGCGGCAGCAACAGCAGCAGCUACAGGCGACGGACACGGCCCCCGAUACCACCGCACCCCAACUACCCAUCACCGUGCCAAACUCGCAGGAGCUCCUGGAUCUUAUCGGCAUGGCCGUGAAGCGCAAGAAGGCCAAGCACGCUGGCAUUGGCGAGCUGGAACACAUGAAGAAUAGGCCCAUGAUCCUGAUAGCAAUGGCUAAGCAUCUUGCUCCUGGCACGCUAGAUACCAACAACUUGGAGCAACGGCACGACAAUCCAAUGCGGCCGUCUCCGAGGACAGUAAUAGGCCGCACUGCCGUCUCAUCACGAACUCGUGUCGUACCGUGGCACCUCCUGUCCCCCUCGGACGCAGCCACCGGCAAUUUCCACGCGCGGCUAUUCUCCACAUACGGCCGCCGGCUGAAGCAGCAGAAAGGCAAGGACGGCGGCGUCAACGAUGCGGACUCGAUCGCAACCAACAAGCCAAGCCACCACGACGACAGCAGCAGCAGCAGCAGCAGCAGCAGCAGCCAACUCAAACUCACGCACAUCUCGGCGUCGGGGGCGGCGCACAUGGUGUCCAUCUCGUCCAAGGCGGCCACGUCGCGCGUGGCCACGGCCGCUUGCACCGUCGUCUUCAGCUCCCCGACGGCGGUGCGGCUGAUGCGGCAGAACCGGAUGGGCAAGGGCGACGUGCUGGCCGUGGCGCGCGUGGCGGGCAUCAUGGCGGCCAAGCGCACGCCGGACCUGAUCCCGCUGUGCCACCCGGUGGCCGUCUCGCACGUGGCCGUCGAGCUCGACGCGGACUCGGGCCAGGAAGAAGAAGAAGAAGAAGAAGACUGCCGCCGGGUCGAGGUGCGCGCCACGGUCGAGUGCGACGGCAAGACGGGCGUCGAGAUGGAGGCGCUCACGGCGGCGGCGGCGGCGGCGCUGACCGUCUACGACAUGUGCAAGGCCGUCGACAAGGGGAUGCGCGUCGAGGGCCUGCGCGUCGUGCUCAAGGACGGCGGCAGGAGUGGGAGGUGGGUCGAGGGCGUGCCGGCGGGCGGCGGCAAGGACGGGGCGUGAGCGGGGCGAGGCGAGGCGGGCAGCAGAAGCGGGUUGCCCAGGUAUUGUUUGCAUAUACUGUACUAAGGCGCCCGGAUCGGGGCAAUGAGCGAGAUGGAGAUGUGGGCUCCGUGGGUGGGCUUGUACUGUAGCCCUGGAGGAGACGCAGGAAGAUGACGGAGGAGGAGGAGGGGGUGAGGGGCAAGGCGGGCUCGCUUCGUUUGGAGAUGCGCGAGUUCACGCAAUAUCUUGGGGAGCUAUUACGUACCUACGUGCCUACCUAGGUACCGAGGCGGCCUUGUCCAUACACAGCCGCCUUGGCUCUGUUCGUUGCGUUUGGUGGAGGGAAAAAGACAGAGCCUGGACCAUCCCAUCCCCCGUUGCCUCACCGAGACCCGAGGGGCUGGAGGGGCUGGAGGGGCUCCCAGGGCCGGGCCCCAUCGACGCCAUCUCUCGAGAUGGACCCCUGGACCCUUGGAUGGGAGUAGCCAUUAGCUAACAGCAAAGCUCCGAGCGGCCAUGCCGUGCAUAGCUGGGCUCCACUGGCGCUGGCUCGCAUGUGCUUUUUUUUUUUUUUCUGUCUCUCCUUCUCCAGCGCUAAAUAAUUGAUGGAGCCA